UCUCUGAGAUAUUUUCACCUGGGCGUCUCAGAUCCUGGCUAUGGGAUCCCUGAAUUUAUUUCAGAUGGGUGUGUGGAUUCUGAUCCCAUCACCGUGUAUGACGGUGUCUCUCAGCGGAAGGAGCCACAGGACCUGUGGAUGGUGGAGAACCUGGUGCCUGAUCGCUGGGAGAGGUACACACAGCUGCUGCAGGACUGGCAGCAGACGUUCAAGGUGGAACUGAAGUGGCAGCAGCAUCACUGCAAUCACUCAGGUGGCCACACUUACCAGAGAAUGAUUGGCUGUGAGUUACUGGAGGAUGGAAGCACCACGGGAUCUCUCCAAUAUGCAUAUGACGGACAGAAUUUCAUUAUCUUCAGUACAGAUACCCUCUCCUGGAUGGCUAUGGAUAAUAUGGCUCACAUCACCAAGGGGACAUGGGAGGCCAGUUGGCGUGAGCUACAAUAUCAAAAGAAUUGGCUGGAAGAAGAAUGUAUUGCCUGGUUAAAAAGAUUUCUGGAGUAUGGGAAAGGUACCCUACAAAGGACAGAAAUUUCCAUGAUCUGGAUGAAAAAUGGGGAAGAAAUUGUCCAAGAAAUGGAUUAUGGAGACCUUCUUCCCAGUGGGGAUGGGACCUAUCAGACAUGGGUGUCAGUUGAGCUGGAUCCUCAGAGCAGCAACCUUUACUCCUGUCAUGUGGAGCAUGGCGGUGUCCACGUGGUUCUUCAGGGUUCCCAGGAAUCGGAAACUAUGCUUCUGGCGAUGAAAGCUGUUGGGUUCAUUGUCCUCGCCAUUGCCCUGUCUGGAGUUGGUGUUGCAGCCUGGCAAAGGAAGCCCUGAGAGCAAAAUGGAGUUGUCUACCUUCCUACACCAGAUCGCUGA